CCGGCAGCAGAUCCAGGUCCAGGUCCAGGUCCAGGUCCAGGCUGCUGCUGCUGCUGGUGCAAUUUACCACCAUCUCCUCCGUGCCUAGGUUAGGUGUCUGUUGUACGCACCCGGACUCAAAGACACGACUAGCCACGCUGCCAUGCUACCCGGUACUGCUGCUCCGUCCGCUUCGUGCUAGACCUUAUCGCUCCCUCCCCCGACCAUCGCCAGCUGCAUCAGAGCAGGUUGGUGAUAGCUGCCCCCGUCUGCUUCUUAUUCCCAGUCUUAUCGGGUGUCUAUGCCUGUGCUUUUUGCCCGUGCCUGAGUUUGCGUCCGCCAUCUGCGCCCGUUCCUCUGCUUACACACCACACUCCGACCCGCCUGCCCGCCUCGUCCUUUUGCUGGGACCACGACGACCACCACGACGACGGCCACGACGACCACCAUACCGUCUACCGUGCUGUGUGCUAUGCUGUGCCUCCUGCUCGGGCCUCUUGUUACCAUCUGACUACACCCAUCUGCAACGCAGCACACGGGCGUCUGCUCCACCUCACAUCAAUCCCGCCGCCCCCGUCUCCUUGCUCCAUCCAGCCCUGCCCGCCAGAGCACCACGCCGCACGCCGCAUCCUCUGCUGUCGCUCGCCGAACCCUCGGCUGCCUGACACUAUCCGUCAACACCCCCGAGCGGAAGCAAUCCCCACGGAGCGACGGCCCAUCCAGCCCAGCCCGUCGCCGGCUUCACCUGACCCCAGCGCAACCGCACAUAUAAGGGUGGUGCUGAGGGCCACCCCAGCUAGUCACUACCAUGCUCCUACCCAAAGGUGGUUUCAACUGGAAGGCAGCCAGGGCCCAACUCCCCCCCUCGAGAGCCGUCUGGACCUUCGUCACCAGGACCAGAUUCCUGCUCGGCGUCGCCCUGACAGGCGUCAUCCUGUUGUUAUGGCGUGGCAUCAGCACGGCAGGAUCGGAGAUGCAAAGUUUCUACUGCUGGGGCCCUGCGAAACCGCCCAUGGACAUGUCUCUUAACGAGCAGGUUUCCUGGAGCAAGCAUCUACAGACCCCCGUCCUCUUCAACCACCACGCGCCCAUAGAAGUCAACUCGUCGACCAUCGAGCAUGUCGAUCUCAACCCCGUCAAGUCGACCAAACAGGCCCUCCAAAACAACGAGAGGAUACUCAUUCUGACCCCCCUCAAGGACGCCGCCCCUUAUUUGUCAAAGUACUUCGAGCUGCUCGCCGAGCUCACCUAUCCGCACCACCUCAUCGACAUCGCGUUCCUCGUCGGGGACUCGACCGACGACACCAUGGCUGUCCUGGCCAUGGAACUCGACAGGAUACAGAAGCGGCCCGACACCAUCCCCUUCAGGAGCGCCACCGUCGUCGAGAAGGAUUUUGGUUUCAAGCUCAGCCAGAAUGUCGAAGACCGCCACGGGUUCGAGGCCCAGGGUCCACGCCGGAAGGCCAUGGGCAGGGCUCGCAACUACCUGCUCUCCACUGCUCUCAAGUCUGACCAUUCAUGGGUCUACUGGCGUGACGUCGACAUCGUGGACAGCCCCAAGAAGAUCAUCGAGGACUUCGUUGCCCAUGAUCGAGACAUAAUCGUCCCCAACAUCUGGUUUCACCGCUACGAAAACGGGCGCGAUAUCGAGGGUAGAUUCGACUACAACUCCUGGAUCGAGUCUCCCAAGGGCCGCAAGCUUUCUGCGAAACUGGACAAGGAUGUUGUCCUUGCUGAAGGCUACAAGCAGUACGAUACCGGCCGCACCUACAUGGCGCGCAUGGGCGAUUGGCGAGAGAACAAGGACGCCGAGAUCGAGCUGGACGGCAUCGGCGGUGUCAACAUUCUGGUCAAGGCCGACGUCCACAGGUCAGGCAUCAACUUCCCAUGCUAUGCCUUUGAGAACCAGGCAGAGACAGAAGGCUUCGCCAAGAUGGCUAAGCGAGCAGGCUACGGGGUCUGGGGUCUGCCCAACUACGUUGUAUGGCACAUCGACACCGACGAGAAGGCCGGAAACGCAUAGUGUCCGAGGCGAAUAGACCGCACCUCCUAUUCCAGGACGGCUCUCGCCGCCUCCGAGCACCAGCGACAGUACGAGCCACCUUUUUUUUCGCCCUCCACCCGAGGCUUUGACAAAAAUAUAUCCGGCGGCAGGAGACGCGGGCAAUGUACGAAGAGCACGAUACAGACGCACGCACGCACGCACGCCACCGACCCUAAUGGAAUCGGGUUAUCACCGACACGGAGUUCCGGAAAGGCUUUUUGGGAUUUACCAUUCUGUUUUAUUACCAUGAAGAAAUCAUACGUCCGCCAACAUCGGAUAUUCUGCAUACCUUCUACUUUAGCCCGCCGGUACCUGAGCGAGCCAUGACGUCGAUUUGGAACGACACGCCUGGCGCCUACGGCCCUUUGCUUCUUGGCAUCGCUUCGAAUAAGCCACAACCUCAUGGCCGAAAAUCCCGGCACGAUCGCCUGUGGCAAGCCUCUGUGCUUUGCCCACUUUCGCAACGUGGGCAGCGAGGACGCCAUACCCAGCCUGCCGACCAAGCCUCGAAUCUUAAGCUGCCCUGCUAAUUUGGGAGCCCGUGUGUUUCAUAGACCUGGUCUAUUCUGGAAGUUGAGUUUUAGAGAGCGGGAUAGCCGACAGUGGACUGGGAGUGAAGACUCUUUCAGAGUCCCAACAUCAUGUCACGCGUAGAUGAUGAGUGCAAUGACGGUUUUGUGCAUAAACAGGGCGUAGGCUGGCUUAGCCCGCAGGCUGAGCAGGCUCUUGGACAUAUUGGGGAAGGGGGUCAAUCACAGCAGCCGGUGUGGUCUAGACUGGCUCCAAUAUGAGCCAGAAUUAAUAUACAUCCAUCUAUAA